CUUUUUUUUUGGAGUUUGUCCCACUUACUUUGACGGUGGUUUUUGAUCACAAAACACCAUGAGCUCACGUCAGCGAAAGCGCCCUGGAGGAGCAAUUGAUUCCAGACCAGCUCGGAAACGGAGCAGGCUGCUGCCCUCCAGCGCAGGUGGGACUUCGCAGACGGAGCCAAGAGACCUUGAGGAAAGUGCUACAGCUGCUUUUGAGCCUGCUGGUGGAGAAUUCCUAGAUCUCACAGGUGACUCUUCAGAGCUUGAAGUCAUCGCUAUCAGUAUUGAUGAGUCUCCUGUGGACAGCCAGCAGAGCCAGCAGCAGCCACAUCUUUCCAGAGCAUCAGAGAAUUCAGCCGAGCCACUGGCAAGGAAUGAUGAAGAGGAACCAAGAGAAGAUGAUGGUGCAUGGUCAGCAGGUCCUGCUAGUCCUCCGAUGGGGGAAGGUGACAACUCACAGGUGCAGGACAAGGAUCAGAGCCAGCAGUACCCACUUGGCUCCAGAGACACAGAGAAUUCAGUCGAGGUACGGGCGAGUGACAGUGAAGAGGAACCAAGAGAUAGCAACGAAUAUGUGACUGAUGAAGAGUCUCUCCAAAGUGCAAUUUCUGAUACAAGUGCAUGGACGGCACGUCUCGUUAGUCCUCCGACUUGUGAGGAUGACAAUGCAGAGAGCCAGCAAGACCCACUUGAUUCCAGCGCAGCAGAGAAUGCAGCUGAAGUACUGGCGAAUGAGAGUGAAGAGGAACCACAAGAUAUUGAAAGUUCCGCUCUCUCUAGUGAUUGGCUGCUAUUUGAUUUCGAUCUUCCAUAUUGGUCAGAUGAGGACUCAGAGGCCAGGGAGCAAAACCAGCAGCACUCACAUUUUUCCACAUCAGCAGAGAAUUCAGCUGGUCCACUGACAGCCCAUGACAAAGAAGAACCAAAAGAUAAUGAUUGUGCAUGGACAGCAGGUCCUGCUAGUCCUCCGAUGAAGGAAGGUGACAACUCACAGGUGCAGGACAGGGAGCAGAGCCAGCAGUACCCACUUGGUUCCAGAGAGGCAGAGAAUUCAGCUGAGCUAUGGGCAAGUGACAGUGAAGAGGAACCAAGAUAUAACGAUGAUUCUAUUAACUCUGAUGAAUGGCCAGAUCGUUUUGAGAGUCCUCCAACAUGGCAAGAUGACAUUACAGAUGACUGGGAAGAGAGCCAGCAGUACCCACUUCAUUCCAGGUCAGCAGAGAAUUCACUUGAACUACUGGCAAGCAACCUUCAACAGGAACCACGAGAUAUUGAAUUUGAACCACCAAGAGGUUUUAUUAGUCCUCCAAACUGUGAGGAUGACAAUGCAGAGGUAAGAAUCCACAUGUUGUUGUAAUUUCUGAUUUGUGGGAGGGAAAGGAACAGGAAGGGAGCUGCACAACUCAGUUGUUUUAAGUGGGUGCUACGGGCAGCUGGCUGGAAGCACAGCCCUUGCUGGGAAGCUCCAAAUUGCCCAUCCCCCCAAGUCCUUUCUUGGUGGUGUCCAUAAAGGGAACAGAACCAGAAGAACAUGCAGCUCUCAUGCCGCAGUAGUUCUAGCAUUGUAGUUCUAGCACUGAGUGACAGACUGCAUAUAGUCCAACUCCAGUUUUCCUGGUGCCGAUAGAGCAACAAACUGGAAUUCUUUACUCCCAAAUUUCUGUUGUGGCUUCCUUUCUUCAGCAGCUGUUCAUUUAACGUGAAGUGUUAAGGUUAUCGUAGCAGAAUUUGCCAGUCUGGGGUAGAAAGAGGGAAAGAAACACUGCCAGGUCAAAUCCAAAUAGGGAACAGGAACAGGGGAGGAGGGUGUUCAGGGGGGUUCCUAAGCUGCCUCUGUUUCUACCCUGUUGCAGUAGUGAGAGCAGAAUCAGCAGCACUCACUUCUUUGUGUUUCAAGGCAGUGGCUCUUUGUGCUACUGCUUUGAAUGCUCUUAAGCAAACUUAGAGGGUGAUACCCUACCCUUCCUCACCUCGUCUGCUGUAACUGCUUUCUGAGCUGGGGUUUGUGUGCAGCACCAGGGGGGGCUCACCAAAAUCUCAUUGUAUCUUCUUUUCUCUCCCUUCCCAUGUGCAUCGAUGGAAGCUUUUUGAAGGUGAGUUGAUA